AUGGCCUCUGUCUUUGCCAUCGGUGCUGGCGCUGCCGUCGCCGCUUUCCUCGGCCGCGCUGGUCUCGUCGCUUGGCGUCGCUCUCGCGGCGGUGUCGGAGCCAUGGGCAAAGCCUUCUACAAGGGUGGCUUUGAGCAAAAGAUGACCAAGAAGGAGGCUACCCUCAUCCUGUCUCUCAACGAGCGCUCCAUCACCAAGGACAAGGUCCGCAAGGCUCACCGAACCGCCAUGCUGCUCAACCACCCCGACCGAGGCGGCAGCCCGUACCUGGCCACCAAGGUCAACGAGGCCAAGGAGCUUCUCGAUAAACAAGUAUAG